AUGGCACAAGAGUACAAACUGAAGGGCGUUAGCUCGCUUGCUCUGCAACCAGGAGAGAAACAAGAGGUCGAAGUCGAGGGCCUCGACGCCAAAGUGCUCCUACUGAACGCAGGCGGGAAAGUCCAAGCACUCGGUCCCCGCUCUUGCUUUAACGCUAAGACUGGCGACGUCGAAGAUGCUCCCGCCCUCAACGCCCUCCCCGUGUUCAAAGCUACCGAGCGCGACGGCGCCGUCUACAUCACGGGCGACGCGGAAACGAUCAAACUGGGACAUCGCAAGCCAAACUUCAAAUGCUCAGUGUCCGGGUUAGACAAAGUUUUGGUUGUUGGCGGCGGAUCCGGAUCCUUGGGCGUUAUCGAGGGCCUGCGAGAGAAGGGCUAUCAGGGCGCCAUCACCCUGAUCUCCAACGAGGGCUACCUGCCCAUAGACCGUCCGAAACUCAGCAAAGCCCUCAUGACAGACUUGGCGAAGCUACAGUGGCGAGACGAAGGCUGGUUCAAGAGUGGGAGUGUGGAUAUUGUCAAUGACGAGGUGACCGGUGUAGAUUUCGCGACCAAGACUGUCAAGACCAAGUCGGGCGGCAAGUUUGCGUAUACCAAGCUUGUCCUGUCAACCGGCGGCACACCACGUCUACUCCCGCUUCAGGGUUUCAAGGUCUUGGGCAAUAUCUUUACCCUCCGAAAUGUGCACGACGCGAAGAAGAUCGUCGAGGCAAUCGGGGAUAAGGGCAAGAAGAUUGUCAUUAUCGGGUCUUCAUUCAUCGGCAUGGAGAUCGCAGUUGCGACGGCGAACGGCAACGACGUGACGGUGGUCGGCAUGGAGAAGGCGCCGCUGGAACGCGUACUCGGGGAGCGGGUGGGCAACAUCAUCAGGAAGGGUGUCGAGGCGAAAGGAGUCAAGUUUUACAUGUCGGCGGGCGUCGAGAAGGCUGAGCCGUCCACAUCCAACCCGUCCAAUGUCGGCUGCGUCUGCCUCAAAGAUGGGACAAAGCUCGAUGCUGACCUCGUCAUUCUCGGUGUCGGUGUCGCGCCCGCGACCGAGUACCUGAAAGACAACAGCGUGGUUCGGCUCGAACAAGACGGGAGCUUGAAAGUAGACGAGUCGUUUUCCGUCGUCGGUCUGAAGGACGUGUACGCCAUUGGCGAUAUCGCGACGCACCCCUACUGGGGUCCGGGCGGAGAGGGCAAGUUUGUGCGCAUCGAGCACUGGAACGUGGCACAGAACGCGGGCCGCACGGCGGCGAGUCACAUUGUGAACCCCAACAUCAAGCCGCAAUUCUACACGCCCGUGUUCUGGAGCGCUCUCGGAUCGCAGCUGCGCUACUGCGGAAACACGAUGGCCAGCGGAUGGGACGAUUUGGUACUGCAGGGCGAUCCUGACCAAGGCAAGUGGGUGGCGUACUAUGCCAAGGGCGAAACCGUCGUGGCCAUGGCAAGCAUGGGAAUGGAUCCGGCCAUGUCGCAAUGCGCGCAGCUUAUGUCCCUGGGGAGGAUGCCAAGCAAGUCGCAGCUGCAGGGCGGGCUGGAUCUCGCUUUUCUGUGUUUUCUCAUCCUUGCCACCUACCGCAUGUUUUUCCAUCCCUUGGCCCGAAUUCCAGGUCCAAAACUCGCAAUCUUCUCCAAUGUUUGGCAGGCAAUUCACGUCCGUAAUGGACUUGCACGAGAGCUAGCCAAGUCACUCCACAAGAAGUAUGGGCCUGUUGUUCGCAUAGGGCCAAACGAAGUUUGGUUCGACUCUAUAGAUGCCUUCAAGACGAUAUACAAUGCGAGCAACGGCUACGAAAAAUCGGAGUUCUACUUGGCUACUGCAUUGACCAAGCCAUCGAUAGACUGGCGCCUCAAUGUCCGAUUCCCGGACACGUUGGAUUUGCUAUCCGAAUUCGACAUGAAGCGGUACAGGCUCCAGAGAAGACUCAUGGGUCCACUGUACAUGACAGCCAACAUCAAGAAGUUCGAGCCAGCAGUUGACAGCGUCAUCAAGAGAGCGGUUAGCGAGCUUCAUGCGGUGGAUGGCGCCGAAGUAGAUCUCAAGGAAUGGAUGCACAUCAUUGCCGUCGAAUGUCUCGGAGCUGUUGUGCUAUCCUGGUCUCCGGGAUACAUCAAGAACAGGUCGGAUGGGGGCACAAGCACCCAGAGUUACCUUGGCUGGAAACGGAAGAGCGUCUUCGGUCUCUUCCCCGCGGUUACCACUCUCGCAUUCUUCUCCAAAUCCCUCAGUCGAGCUUUCUCAAACAUAUGGAACGUGACUUACAGGACACCCAAGAACUUCAAACCAUUCUUCACGCCUGUGUACCAAAAGACAUCCAAGAGGAUCACCAAUGCCAUCGGCAACAACCCCCGUGUUAAAGGCGAGAAUGAUGCACGACGGGACCUCCUCGCGGACUUGAUCCAACGUCAUAAGCAACGUCCCGAGUUUACAAAGACAUACCUACGUCGCCUUGCUAUCACAAACUUUGGCGCCGGUCACGAAACCCUUUGUGCAACUCUAACUUCGGUAUUGGCUAUGAUCGGCACUCACCCGGCAGUCCAUGCAACGGUCGCGGAGGAAACCCGCAAACUCCCAGGUGGUCAGAUAUCCUAUGACGAAGCUAUCUGUCUUCGAUAUGCCCAAGCCAGCAUCAAGGAGGCCCAAAGAUUGUACCCAGUGAUCGGCAUGUCGCUCUCCCGCAAAGUGCCUGCGGGCGGGGUGUCGCUGCAUGGCUACUAUUUCCCAGCCGGCACGGUUGUUGGAUGCAAUCCGGUUUCGCUGCAUCGGAACACUGAGAUCUUUGGCAGCGAUGCCAGCCAGUACAAUCCUGGCCGGUGGUUGGACGAGGAGAACCCGGGACGAGUUCGAGUGAUGGAGCGGAAUAACCUGAUAUGGGGCGGUGUUCCCAGGGCUUGUCCGGGUAGAUAUUUGGCGGAGCUGAUCGUGUUCAAGGUUGUGCCUGCAUUGCUGCGGGAGUUUGAUAUCGAGAUCACCAACUUCCCGCCAGAGGAGGAGAUGCCGCAUUACUUUAUGUCUAUGCUUACCGGUGUCAAGGUUAGAUUCCAGCCGGUUGGUGGCGGCGGAAAGGGGCAGGAAGGGGAUGGAUCACAGAGGUAUCAAAACAAUGGAAAACCUCGACAUCUCUCAUCAGUUGUGCUCGACAGUGGCUACCAUACACACAACCCAACGGCCAAGGACCUAUACAAUAUGUACUAG